CUCAGCUCAGGGCCGUUGAGCCGCUGGUUGCACCCGUCUCCGCCAUGGGUGUCUUGCGCUUUGUGGAGGGUUUGGAUCUGCUAGGCGCUCGGCGGCACAGCGCCACUGCCUUGCUAGGUCAGGAGGCUUCGGCGGCUUUUGUGCGGCCUCGCAGACAGCUGGGGUCCUUUCUGAAGAUCCCCACCAGCUUCGAGGAGGAUGAGGAUGACAUCGCCGCCUCUGCGGACACUGACGAGUUGCCCAAGCCCCCCGACAGCCCGCUGAACAACCUGGCGAAGUUCAGGGCCAAGCACGAACGAACGCAAGACGGCUUUCUUUGCGCCGCAGCCGGCGUCAAAGACGAGCAGGCCUUCACGGGCUGCACCAACCUGCCAGCGCCGGAUGGCACCAACAUCGGCAGGAAGUGGUGCUACAUCGAGCCCGCGCAGGUGGAGACCGCAGGGAAGACCUGGGGCUGGUGCCGCGAACUUGAACUCGAGUGGCAGGGGCCGGCCAACGAGGUGGACGCUUUCACGGGCUGGCCGGACGUCUUCGAGGGUGUGGAGUUGCCAGCGUAGAGCAUGUGGUCGC